GAAACUAAUAUUAUAAUGUAUUGAAUAGAAAAACUAAUAGUUACCCUUAAAGGAAAGUCACGAACGGGACACGAGACCCAUGCGAAGUGACCACCUCAUGAAAUGUUGAAAUAAUUAAACGUAAAAACAUGUGCAAAAAAUAUAACAUUGUACGUAAAAAUAAAAAUAAGAAUGGAAAAAUAACUUCAUUAAGAUAAAACUAGUGUACUUUAUGAGGUUAACCUCUAUUACAGGGACAUUCUCGAAAAGCAGACCAGGUACAAGACCUGUCAAUAUCAAAAACAGAAUCAAGUAAAGAAAAGUAACGAAGUGAAGCUGUCUGGUUUUACCAAAUAAGGGGUACAAAUGCUCGUUUGACAAGAAAAAAGCCCUUACAAAGAAGUAUGUAAAUACAUUAGAUGUGAUCAUACGUACGUUUGCACGUUGCGCUGUAUUUGAUGAUAUCCUAUUAUCAGGGUAUCAAAACUCCUCAUAGGUCACUUGCUUUAUGGCAUCAUUACGACAACCUGCAUAAUCCCCGGCACACUUUCUUUUGUUCAGUUAUGGAUUAGCAGCAACUAUCUUACUAAAUAUUCUCAUGAGAAAUGACAAACUUGAAUAAGAAAGAAUUUUUGCGGAGUAUUUUGGUAGUGGGAGUAAAAUGACGCCAUCAUGCAACGAGGACGGGUAUUCAUCAAGUUACGCGCUUCGAGUUACGCGCUUUUCACAAAUUUGACGUCUUCACACAGUGCGUCUAACUUGAAGUCAUUAAGAAAAGUUGCGUGAGCUCGAGUUAUGCGCCUGCAGGAAGGAAUCUUUCGUAGUUUGAGUUACGCUCUAAUGCAUAAAUUCAACCCAUCUCCUCCUUGUUGCUAAGGUCACUUUAAAUAUCAUAGCAAUGAUUACAAGCUAUAGAUUUGCAAAAAUAAAACCUUUAUUUCGGAUACAAAAUGCAAUUUUUUAACAAUUUGUUCGUCUUCUUUGAUUUUGAAUAGUGCACGUUUUACUACGUUAUUGCGUAUCCUCUUCCUUAAUCUACCUUUCGUAAAUCGUAUUGGGUCUAUUUUCGUUAGUAGUGCAGUUUUCGUAUGACUGUGAAAAGCUCAGUGCCGUAAGCGUGACGUGCCGUGACCGUGAUACUUCCUUGGAUUUUAAUUGGCUGAUUUUUUUCACGCGCAAUAUGAUUGGUCUAAAAGUGCCGUGAUCUUGGCGUGACCGUGUCCGCACCGUGUUUGUGCCGUGUUCCGGAUAUUUGAUUGGAUGGAGAGUAAAUUCUCGUGCAAUGUGAUUUUUCUGGCGUAUCCCUUGCUGUGUCACGACCGUGUUCGUGCCGUGAACAUUUCACAGUCAUACGAAAACUGCACUAUUAUACACAUUUCAAAUUUCGUUGGCAAGUGCACGUUCUCGGCAAAUGUCAAGCGCAUUAAACGAGUUUUAUGUACGGUUUUUGGCCAUUUUUUUAUGGAGGUGUGACAGUUCUAUUACCUAGCGAAGUAACUUGAAAAACUGUUCAUAUCUUUGAACAGCCGAGAUGGCUAUUGUCAGUUCACUUCUCAAAGUCGUCAGAUUGUACUUUUUACCAUUGAUUUUCACGAGGUCCAUACAAAUUUCCAAUUCUUCAACUAUCGCAUCUCGUCGACCGGGACGGACUUUCUUAACAUUUGGCGCUUUUCAUUAGAAAGUGCAAGCCUCUCUUAGCCUUGUUCUAUCGACCCAUCCCUGUUUGACUUUGUAUUACAAUCAAGUAAUGAGUUUCUUAUCAAUUUUCUCUUGGCUGUUCCUUAUCCACUCAUCCCUGCUUGGUCAUGGAUUAUUCACCUGUACAAGUGAAGGUACCAAACGUCGACCAGGACGUAGGGUAGGAGAGCAGCUGUGAAGAUAUCAAUAAGACUUAUUGGGUUGCCUGUGGUAAACGCGGUUAAGUUGAGGAGCCUGAGUACGUCCUCACAACGGAACAUGGCGGACGUGGAUUUGAGAAAGUGUUAAAAAAUGCUUGACAAAAACUGCUUUAUUCUACCAAUUUGACAAAAGAUAAUCAAGAAUUCUUAAAAUGACCUUAUCAACUGGUGAACUAUCUUCCUUACUGAGUAUUCUUUCUGAUGAAUCGCUUCUUCUGACGUCCUUUGAUUCCAUUGCCCAUCAUUUACAUCAAUGCUUUUCCAAAAAUGAUCAUUUUAAGAUUGGUUCAACGUUGGUGAUGUUACUGCAGCAUCCUGAUCUACUUGCAUCCAGUAAUAGCCGUAUCAUAUUGAUAUUCCUUCUGUAUGAGAUGUAUAAGACAGACAAUGUGUCUGUUAAUCCAUUUGCUCCAGUCUUUGUACAAUUACUGAGUGAACCAUCUGAAGGAGAUUCUAAUAAGACAACACAAGGAGCAUUUAUGUCCCCAAUCAGUCCUGUUGAAAAGGCAUUUUUAUACCAGCUUGUCACUGAUCCAACAAAAGAGCUUUUCAAGAAAACACCAAAACAAGUUUUAUCUACAGACUACCCUGGAAUAGGACAGAACCUUGACAUCAGUAACCUAGUAAUGUCAUUAACAGAAAAGAACUCACAGCUAGCUGAGAUUAGUUGCUGUGGACUUUCUCCUGUUUUAGCAGAUCCUGAUAUGCGAAGCAGUGUUGAGUUUGACUCUUCUACUGCCAAUAAUAUAACAGAAAAGCUAGUGACAGGAAAUGAACUUCCCACGGAAUCAAGUCUUCGACCAACUUAUGCCCGAGUACCACCCCCACUGUAUUCAUGUGAAGACGAGCUUGUGUGGAUGAAUCCAUCAGGAUAUGUACCUUCAAUAGAAUGGGAUAGUACCAUGUGUGUCAUGAAUAGUGCAGGUGGAGAGGUGCGAAGGAUGAUGACCAAGGCUUUUAAAGGACCUUUAGUAAUGCAUCAACAACAGCAAGUGCUUGAUGAGCUUGAAAAAGACCCAAAAUUGGUAUAUCAUAUUGGACUCUCUCCUGCUAAGCUACCAGAUCUAGUAGAGAACAAUCCAAUAAUUGCUAUUGAAGUAUUACUCAAACUAAUGCAAUCCAACCAAUUUACAGAGUAUUUAUCAGUUCUUGUUAAUAUGGAAAUGUCUCUACACUCAAUGGAGGUUGUCAACAGACUUACUAAUACUGUUGGYCUACCACAGGAAUUUGUCCAUUUAUACAUUUCUAAUUGCAUUUCAACAUGUGAGAAUAUCAAAGAUAAAUAUAUGCAAAACAGACUAGUUCGACUGGUGUGUGUGUUUUUACAAUCACUAAUAAGGAACAAAAUUAUCGAUGUUAAGGAUUUGUUCAUCGAAGUACAAGCUUUCUGUAUUGAAUUUAGUCGAAUUCGUGAAGCAGCCAGCUUGUUUCGACUCCUCAAAACACUCGACRAUGGAGAAACUGGCUCACCUCCUUCAAAAUAAAACCAUUCCAUUCCUUGGAAUGACUACCAAUCUACCCAAAUACAACUUACUAUUCUGCUCCUGAUCAAAGUACAAGGAAUCUCUGAAAAUGUUGUUAAGAGCCUGCAAAUGUUAUGAUCAGCGGUGAUCAUAAGAUGCGCAGGCUCUGUAAAUGAAAAUAAUUUUCUCUCUAUUCUUGAAUGCAAAUAUUACAAAAAAGCAAAAGCAAAAAUAUUAUCAAAAUAUCUUGCCUUUACUUUUUUUGUUUAAAAUGAGUGGCAGCCGGAGGCCAAACUUUGAUAAUCUAAAGAUAAUAUUGAAAAGAGAGAUGUUUCCCUCGACUUAAUCGAUAAUAGAUGUAUUUUACUUAAGUUUU